AUGUCCUCAGAUAAGCCCAAGCUCUUCUAUCUCACCUCAUGAGCUUUGAUCUGUGCACUCUCACUUUUCAAUGCUGGUUAUUGCUAUGGGUACUUCAAUAACCUGACUGGAAUAAUGCAUAAGCAAUAUGUUUAUAGAGAUAAGCAAAGAAUCUCAGAUGAAGAUCUCUUCAAUUCAUUAGUAUCCGGACUAAUGAUAGUCGGAGCAAUUCCAGGGUCAUUGAUAGCUACGCCAAUGAUGAAGAAAGGAAGAAGGAUCACCUUGAUUAUUUCUAGUCUAAUCCAUACAUUAGGAGCAUGUCUUUGAUUAAUCUUUAAUAUGUGGGCUCUUCUUAUAGGAAGAUUUAUAAUGGGCAUAGCCAUUGGAAUUUACUUUUCUGUAUGUCCCCUCUAUAUUUCAGAAAUGAGUCCUCCUUCAGUCUCAGGCCCUCUGGGAACUCUGAAUCAGAUGAGUCUUGUCACAGGACUCUUCCUGGCCUAUGCAUUUGGGUAUAUUCUUCCCUUAUCAGAGGACUCAGAUGCUGCGACUACUGGUUUAUGGAGAGUUGUCUCCUUCCCUCCAAUAGUUUUUGGGCUUAUUCAAUUCCUUUUCUUAACAAUGAUCUUCAGAUAUGACACCCCUAGAUUCUACAAGAAUAAAGGAGAUAUCAAAAACUAUCAUAAAAUCAUGAACUUGAUAUUUUAUGAUGCUCCAACUCAAGAGGAUAAAGCUCUUGAUUCUGAACAUGGCCAUGCACAGAAGAAAAAUAUCCAAGAGAAUGAAAACCAAAUUGAUAAAAAUUCUGGGGAUGAAAAGUCGCUACAAGAACAACCUGACAAAGAACAAGAGGUUGUUGAAGAAUCUAAAGCAGAGAUUUGACCUCCAGGUGUGAAAGAUGAGCGAGUUGAUGAUACUACAAAGCAAGCGAAAGACCAGAAAAUUGAGGGAGAUAAAAAUGAAAGCAUUGAAGUUAAAACACAAAAUAAGCAAUGGACAUCUUACUACAAAAAAGCAUUGCUUUAUUGCUCCCUCCUCAGCUUCUUCCAACAGGCUUCAGGUGUCAAUGGAGUCACUUUCUUCUCAAAUGAGAUUUUUAAGGAUGGGGAUGAAGGCAAUGCAGCUGAAAGAAGAGCUCGGCUAGGAACACUCCUGAUUGGGGUUGCUGCCUUUACAGGCACAAACUCUUCCAUUUGGCUUUAUAAGUAUUUUUCAAGGAAAUUCUUCUUCCUUACAAGUGAGAUAAUAAUUUUGGUGUGUCUUUCUUUGUGUGGCAUAUGUGCAUUGGUAGACUUUGACGUAGGAGUCAUAGUGCUAACCAUGAUCUAUAUAUAUGCAUUUAACUGAGGAAUUGGCCCUACUCUGUGGAUCUACAGCUCUGACGUCCUGGAUAGUUCUGGCACAUCACUAAUUGCUUUAAUUAAUAUGGUGAUGACAGUAAUCUUUGCAGGAACUACAAACCUCAUGUUUGAAUACUUCACAGCUCCAGGAGUGUACUUCGGCCUUUCAGUGAUUCAAAUAUUUUGUAUCCUGUUCAUUUGGAAGUUCAUUAGAGAGACAAAGGGAAAGAGUAGAGAGGAAUGUGAAAGACUUUAUCAAGAUUAG